AUUUUAUUCAAUGAAUAAGUAGGUACAGAAUGGUUUUAAGACUCCAGAUAAAUCAUCACAAAAAAUAUCCUAAUAUAAUGGAAAAUGUGUAUGCUAGAUUUGCACCUGUGGAAAAGAUAAAUGUCCUCCUUAAUAAAUGCAUGUUAAUCCAUCUCAUUUUGAUACUACAAAUCGCAAAUCCUAUGUGAAAUGGGAUGUUAAGAAAACUACACCUAUAAUACCUGAAUAAUAUAGAAUUAAUUUUGGAACUUAAUCAUUUGUUUCAUCUUAUUAAAGAGAUUAUACUCCUUAAAAGACUCCAGAAAGACCGACAAGAAAAACUCAAGAAAUGACAAUACCAUACCAUAGACCUUUUGUUUCAUCAACAGAAUAUAAUUAAAGAUAUUAACCUUAUGAUAAUAUGCCUGUAUCUCUGAAACCUAAAUAUUUUUAUUAAGAAAACCCAAAUAAAAUAUAAGCUAGUACAACUUAUAGUGAAAAUUUUAAAGCCUAACCAAUAUCAAAUUAAUACUAAAUUAAACAUCAUGAUUCAUCUUUUACUCCUACUAAAAUUUAAUUUAAUGCUAAUUCUAAAUAUUAAGAAGACUAUACACCUUAAAAAGGUUCUAAAGCAGUCCAAAUUAAACAUAAAAAUUAAUCUCCUUUUGGAGGAGUAAAUAAUAUAGAAAAAUAUUCAUCUUAUCAGAAAGAUUAUAAGAGACUUGAUGAUGAUACUUAUAAAAAACCUUAAUGUCCUAUUAGAAUGCUUCCAACUCCAGAUAGGUAAUAUUUAUUAUCACAAUUAAUAGAAGUAAGAGUCCAAAUAAACAUUUAAUAUUUAGUGCUCAUAAAAGUGAUUGGGAAUGA